GAAAAAUGCAAAUCUAUGCAUGUGUCGCCCCUUGCCCCGCCCUCCGCUGCUGUGACGUCAUCGGCCUUGCUUUCAGCACAUGGACGUCGGUGUGAAGGUCUGAACGGAGCUGGGAGGGAGGAGUGCUGUGCUGCGCUGCGCUGCCUACCUACCUCCGUCAAAGCCGAGCAGCCUCCGCCCUCCGCCUCCAGUUCGCCGCUUGCCUGCCAGCCUCGACGACGACAACCUGCCAGCUCGCCGCCCCCCUUUUCCAGCGUCUGCGAGUCCCCCCCGGGCCGCAUCACCGGGAUUUCUUGGACGUCUCUGCGAACUUUGUUGGUUUGUUGCCGUCGACGACAUUUGGAGAAAAUGGCCAGACCUCUUCCCGUCAACACAACUUUCCUGCAGCCGACCCACGGCGUGCUAAAGUCGCUGCUGGAGAACCCGCUCAAGCUGCCUUUCCACCACGAAGAAGGCUUUGGCAAGGAGAAGGACAAAGAGAAGAAACUCGAGGAUGAGAGCGGCGCAGCCAACCCUCCGCAGUCGGCCUUCCUGGGGCCGACUCUGUGGGACAAGACUCUGCCGUACGACGGCGACAACUUCCAGCUGGAGUACAUGGACCUGGAGGAGUUCCUGUCCGAGAACGGCAUUCCCGCCAACACGGCGCAAAGCGACCGGCAGCAGCAGCAGCAGGUGGCGCAGCCUCCCUCCCAUCCCCCGCAGCCCCCCCAGGCCCCGGCCGCCCCCUCGGUGGUGGACCUGAGUAGCCGCGCCACCACCUCGGUGCACGCCGGCAUGCCGCUGCAGCAACAGCAGCAGACGUGUUUGCGCAGCCCCAACGCCACAGCGGCGGCGUCGUCGUCUUCGCGCGACACGCCCAGUCCCAUCGACCCGGAGUCCAUCCAGGUGGCGCUGAGCUACGAGCCCGACCCGGCCGACCUGGCGCUGUCGAGCGUGCCGGGACAGGCCGUGUUCGACCCGCGCAAGCACAAGUUCUCGCCUGAGGAGCUCAAGCCGCAGCCCAUGAUCAAGAAGGCCCGUAAGGUCUUCAUACCCGAAGACCUCAAGGACGACAAGUACUGGGCGCGGCGCAGAAAGAACAACGUGGCGGCCAAGCGGUCGCGGGAUGCGCGGCGGCUCAAGGAGAACCAGAUCGCCAUCCGCGCCGGCUUCCUGGAGAAGGAGAACGCCGCGCUGCGCCUGGAGGUGGCCGACCUGCGCAAGGAGCUCGGACGCUGCAAGAACGUCGUGGCCAAAUACCAGGCCAGGCACGGCCCCCUGUAAUCAGACACCUGCCCCCCGCCCCUCCCCCCACCCGCAGCCAGACCUCCCUUUAAGGACAAUGUCGUCAUCACCCUCCUGCCCCCCAACGCACACAAUCGCACACAUGAAAGCCCCUUUCACACUGCCUAUGGAGUGUACAUUUAUGAACCUUCACAGAACUCGGCAAAUGGGAAACUUUCUUUGGGAAUUAACUGGGAAUUGAGGGUAAUUUAAUGGAAAGGUAUCGUAAGCAUAAACAACAACAACUAAAUUGUCAUAAGCACACAUCCAAAUAAAAAAAGCCCUCUUUGCCCACAAUAUUGGACCAACUGACGUCUCGUAACUCAAAAACUUCUAAAUCAAAAGGUCCCAUCUAACUAAUAAAUGUUAUUUUGGUUGUUUUAGUCAGGAUUAUGCUAAAACUCUUUUAAAGGUCAUUUUUAAGAGGCAACCUUCAAUUUUGUAAGUUGCUGCUUUGUUCUCAUUUCUUUUAUGGAUGUGAAAUUCCCAUGCAAAGUUUCCACCUGUGAAAAUUCCCAGAAAUUUGCAACCCUAAUUCCGUUGAAUUGAUGACGGUAAAAAAGUAAGGCGUUCCAACCUUUCAUGCAAAACAAAGCAGCGCUAAUGUUAGUGACCUAGACAUUGCUUUGGUGUUAGCAUUAGCAUUAGUAGUCCAAAUGAAGCAGAAAUGUCAUUUCUUGAUUUGUUUUGACAGUCAGCCACAGUUUGAAAGUUUGCUCGUGACAACUACUGGAUUUAAAGAAACACACACCCAUAAAAAAAAAAACAUGUUCGUGUAUUUCACACAAUAUUGUGAACUUAUUAGUAUUUAUUUUUACCUUUCACACACAAACAAAAAAAAGUCAGGCCGCCAUCUUUGAUGUUCAGUGUGAAAGGCGCUUAAUUGUUUUUCUCGCAUUUUGACUCCCCCCACCCACCACACUGUUCAAGCCAUCACGAUGAGGACGUACCCCACUGACGACACUUUUAAAAAAAAAAUUUUUUUUUAACCUUCUUCUUCUUUGGAUGUUUUGUCACAAUGGUCUCAAUUUUGAUUGACUGACAACACACAUCCUCCUCUUCCUCAUCAAUUUGUGCACUAAAGCGUAGUUCAUAAUCGUCUUUCUCCGUUGUUCUGCCCUCAUUUCAAUUGUCGUUUUUCCAGCAUGAUUUCAUCCUUUUCCCCUUUCUUUGAUUUAAAUUUUUUUUUUUUUUUUUUUGCAAUAUCAUUUUUUUCCGCUUGUAUUGAACAUAGCAUGUACCCCCAACCCCCUUACCUUUCACCCCAUCCCAUGUGGUAGAGCCUUUUGUGUCUGCGUAGUCGCCGCCGCCGCCGCCACCGCCCGUCUGGCCAACAAGAUGGUGGCAUGAAUGUAAAAGAAGAGGAGAGGUUUUUUUUGGGGGGGUGGGGGAGGGGGGGGGGGGGUUCUGUGGGGGUGGCAGGCGGCGUCCAGUUUGUUGCAGACCAAACCAAUCACUUACAGAGAUGAUAUAUUGGUUACCAGAGAUGUUUAUAUAUAAAACCUAUAAAUCUAUGUUGUGGUUUUGUACAGUAUUUUUCCUAUACAUUUACUUAAUAUGUAUUUUAAAGGCACAGGAGAUCCAGAAUAUUAUUAAAGAUUACAACAAAACAAA